AAGUACUCAUCUCUUUCUCCAACUCUGAAUCAACACAAGUAUACUUCUUUCUCUGUACUCACUCUGUAACCAGUUACCGGCUCCCUUACAUGUGUAUGAUUUUAAGGUUAACACAACCUUUGAUGUUAUUGGAAAUUUUUGCUGAUCCAGUUUAUAUCCUUUCCCAUAUUCUGAAGCAGCUAUUCCAGUCCUUUAUUAGUUUCUUCAAGGAUACAACUUUCACCCACAACCUCUGUAAGAAUAUAGUACUUUAUCCUCCAUUUACCCCAUGGUCUCAGGCACGUAGGCUGGUGAAAAUCCUGUCUGGACUUGCCUCAACUUAUCUCUAAACAUUCCGACCUGCCCCUAAGGCAACAGGCCAAGCGGUACUUUUCCACUCCGCCACUAUAAAAGGCACAGUGCUCUGUAUCAUGCUGCUGCUCUCUCCCUGGGGGCAGCCAUUUUCUCUUUCGGAAAAUAAAAUCUCUUGAGUGGGCCCGUGUCUCCUGAGCCAUUCUGGGGUGAGGAGGGUCGCGGCGAGAUACCCUUUCAUUGGUGCCGUGACUCGGAUGAGGUUCUCCCAUUGACUUUGCUCUUCCUCCGGGAAUCUGAGCUGCUUUGGGAACCCUCACUGCCCGAUCCUCCUCCACGGGCUCACCGUCCGUUUCCCCGGUCACUUGUCUUCUCGCCUAACACCGGCCUUCAAUUUGGCAUUUCCUCUGGGUCAUCCAAAAUGCUUUUAAAAUGUGUGGAAUAAGAGCUGAGCCACCUGUUUGUGUGGGACUUUCAUACUCUCUGCUCCACUGUCAUCUCAUGGCAUUUUGACUAUAUCAAGACCACGUGACUCUCUGCUCAUGAUGAGUGAUGAGAAGAACCUUGGUGUGUCCCAAAAAUUGGUCUCACCUUCAAGGAGCACAAGUAACUGUUCCUCCAAGCAGGGAAGUCGACAGGACAGCUGGGAAGUAGUGGAAGGACUACGAGGAGAGAUGAAUUACACCCAGGAGCCACCAGUUCAGAAAGGAUUUUUGCUUAAAAAGAGGAAAUGGCCCUUGAAAGGCUGGCACAAGAGAUUCUUCUAUCUGGACAAAGGAAUCUUGAAAUAUGCCAAGAGCCAAAGUGAUAUAGAGAGAGAGAAGCUGCAUGGCUGCAUUGAUGUUGGGCUCUCUGUGAUGUCUGUGAAGAAGUCAUCAAAAUGCAUCGACUUGGAUACUGAGGAGCACAUCUACCAUCUGAAGGUAAAGUCAGAAGAAGUCUUUGAUGAGUGGGUAUCCAAACUUCGCCACCACAGAAUGUAUCGUCAGAAUGAAAUCGCCAUGUUUCCACAUGAAGUUAAUCACUUUUUCUCAGGAGCCACUGUCACAGACUCUACGUCUGGGGUGUUGGACUCAAUAUCAAGUAGGAAGUGCAGCAGUUUAUCAAAGCAAAAUUCAUUUCAAACUGGAAGCAAUUUACCAUUUUCUUGUGGUGGUGAGACCCGAGUUCCAUUCUGGUUACAGUCUUCAGAGGACAUGGAAAAAUGCUCAAAAGACCUGGAACACUGUCAUGCCUACCUGGUGGAAAUGAGCCAGCUUCUACAAAGUAUGGAUGUCCUGCAUAGGACAUACUCAGCACCAGCUAUCAACGCCAUCCAGGGUGGAGCUUUUGAAAGUCCUAAAAAGGAAAAAAGAUCACACAGGAGGUGGCGGUCCCGGGCUAUUGGCAAAGAUGCUAAAGGAACGCUGCAGGUUCCUAAACCUUUUUCUGGCCCAGUAAGACUGCAUGCCUCCAAUCCUAAUUUGUCAACACUAGAUUUUGGAGAAGAGAAAAAUUAUUCAGAUGGCUCUGAAACCUCAUCAGAGUUUUCUAAAAUGCAAGAAGAUCUUUGUCAUAUUGCCCAUAAAGUUUACUUCACUUUAAGGUCAGCUUUUAAUACCAUAUCAACGGAGAGAGAGAAACUGAAGCAGCUGAUGGAGCAGGAUGUCCCCUCCUCCCCCUCUGCCCAGGUCAUUGGUCUGAAGCUCGCCCUGCCAUCUACCCUAGCACAAAACACAGAUCUUAAAGAACGUUUAUGCAGAAUCCAUGCUGCAUCUCUGCUCCUCGACCCCCCUGCAGCUGCCAAGUUGGGUGACAGUCUAGCAGAGGAAAACUCCAGAGAUGACAACCGAGCUCUGGUGCAUCAGCUUUCCAAUGAAAGUAGACUUUCCAUCACUGACUCCCUUUCAGAGUUCUUUGAUGCACAAGAAGUUCUGUUAUCGCCAAGCUCUUCAGAAAAUGAGAUUUCUGAGGAUGAUUCAUAUGUCAGUGACAUAAGUGAUAACCUUUCCUUAGACAAUCUCAGUAAUGAUUUAGAUAAUGAGAGACAGACCUUGGAGCCUGUGCUUGAAAGUGGUGGAGAAGCAAAGUCCAAAAGAAGAACUUGCUUGCCGGCGCCGUGCCCCAACACCAGCAACAUCAGCCUGUGGAACAUUCUAAGAAAUAACAUAGGGAAGGACUUGUCUAAAGUGGCCAUGCCAGUGGAGCUAAAUGAACCACUGAACACGCUGCAGAGACUCUGUGAAGAGCUGGAGUACAGUGAGCUUCUAGACAAGGCCUCACGAGUUCCCAGUGCCCUGGAAAGGAUGGUGUACGUGGCAGCCUUUGCUGUGUCAGCAUACGCAUCCAGCUACUUCCGGGCUGGGAGCAAGCCCUUUAAUCCUGUUCUGGGAGAAACGUACGAGUGUAUUCGUGAGGACAAGGGCUUCCGUUUUUUUUCAGAACAGGUCAGCCACCAUCCACCUAUCUCUGCAUGUCACGCUGAGUCUGGAAAUUUUGUUUUCUGGCAAGAUGUGAGAUGGAAAAACAAAUUCUGGGGCAAAUCCAUGGAAAUUGUUCCCAUUGGCACAACCCAUGUAACUCUGCCGGUUUUUGGAGAUCAUUUUGAGUGGAACAAAGUGACCUCUUGCAUCCAUAACAUCUUAAGUGGGCAGAAAUGGAUUGAGCACUAUGGAGAGAUUGUCAUCAGGAACCUGAGUGAUGAUUCCUGCCACUGCAAAGUGAAUUUUAUAAAGGCAAAAUACUGGAGCACUAAUGCCCAUGAGAUUGAAGGUACAGUAUUCGACAAGAGUGGAAAAGCAGUACAUCGGAUAUUUGGAAAAUGGCAUGAAAGCAUCUAUUGUGGUGGCUCUUCUUCGUCUGCUUGUGUCUGGAGAGCCAAUCCCAUGCCAAAAGGUUAUGAGCAGUAUUAUGGCUUCACACAGUUUGCGCUAGAAUUAAAUGAAAUGGAUCCAUUAUUAAAGUCUUUAUUACCACCUACUGACACUCGAUUUAGGCCAGACCAAAGGUUUCUAGAAGAAGGGAAUGUAGAAGAAGCUGAAAUACAAAAGCAGAGGAUUGAACAGCUACAGAGAGAAAGGCGGAGGGUCUUAGAAGAAAAUAACGUGGAACACCAGCCUCGGUUUUUCAGGAAAUCUGAUGAUGACUCUUGGGUGAGCAAUGGCACCUAUUUGGAACUUAGAAAAGAUCUUGGCUUUUCCAAACUGGACCAUCCUGUCUUGUGGUAAAAGGAAAAAGAAUGAGCCAUCCUUGUACUCUCCUAUUUUUGCUUUCUGAAGCCACAAACCUCUGUCUGUAUAUUUAAAAGGUACUAUCUAGGUUGAUCACUUGUGCUUAGCUUAGAAUUGUAAGUAUUUAAGGAUAUAUUUUCUUCAAUAGAUUUCUUUACAAUUUUAAAUGUUAUCACAAUCAUUUAUAUGAAUGUAGAACACCUUGAUAUUUCUUUUUAUAUAUAAACUAUUUAAUAAAAAUGAAAGAUUUAAUGUUAA